AGUUAUCUCUCUUGAUGUUAAUUCGGUGCGUUUCGUAAUGACGGAAUUGCUUUUACUACCCCCUGAAUUACUGACAAGAAUUCUACGGAAUAUCCCUGGGAAGGACCUUCAGAAUGUGUGUCUAUCGUGUAAACAGCUUAGAGACAUAGCUUACGAUGAAUCGAUCUGGAAAAGGAAAUGUGAAGAAGAAUAUAAGUUUAAAUCCAUUAAUGGUUGGAAUGUUACAUACCGAGAACUCUACCAUAAAGUUUUACAUCUUUACGGCGAUCUGGUGGGGCUGUGGUGGAGAGAUUUUAAAUAUUAUGGAGGACUUAUGCAAGUUAAGUAUGACAGCGGAUGUAUCAAGGGUGUUGAACUUCUAGCUCCAGUCAGUCCACAUGUGGAGAGGCCACUGCGGAGGAAGACAAUAUUUACAAUUUCACUGACGUCCUCGGGAAAAAUCAAGAUCAUUUCUGUACACAGUACCCCCUGUGAAGAAAGUCCAUGCUCUAUAAGAGUUGAGGAAGACAAAUUGAAGGGAAGAAUUCUUGAAUACAAGGGUCCUAAACAUAAAGAGGAAUCUCUUGAUCAGUGGAUGGAAGAAGAGCUGGGCUCUGAGGAAGCGAUGGACAUCUACAGGCAUUGUUACAAAAGAAGAGGAAAAAGCUACCUGUCCUCAAAGCAUCAUUAUCGAUGGACACCGUUAGAAGUUCCUGCGCCCAGAGCUAAUGUUCCCAUACAACCCGGACUGUUUAAAGGGACAUACAGUGCCCAUGGGAUAGAGAUUCUGAGUCUGGACUAUAAUACAGACAAGACAGAAGCCACUGCUACCAAAAUUACUGGUGAUCCGAAUAUACCAGCAACCAAAAUUAGCGUGAAGGCAGACUUAACAUCGACUCUUGUGUUGACAGCGAGUCAGCAAGAAACUCUUCCAGCGCUUCUGGAGGCCUCUGAAUCGAACGAUCAACAACCUCCUCCCGACACGCAGCCAUUUAAAUUACCCAUGGACUGCUAUGACCGUGAUAUUCAGAAUAUACCAAAAACGUGUACUUUCAGAUGCACCGCUCUGGGACAGAUUGCAGCCGAUCGCUACGUCAACCCUUCCUUCUCUAAAGCCCAAUUUGUAGUGUUUGACGAAAACACUUUUGGAAUGAUUUGGUUGGAACUUGCAUCUUUCAGUAUAUAUUCAAGAGUAAAACACGAAGAUAUCAAUGAUUAAAA